AUGAUGAGUGAACUCCUGCAGUAUAUUCUCACCCACGAGGAAGCAUUCCGAAGAAACCGCUUACCCUCUCUUUACUCCGACUUCACGCCUCAAAAGAAAACAAACCCCGAUGGCUACGCCGUAAACGUUGCUGCAUGGGAACAAGCACUCAACCGAGCCGCAAAGCGUGGCUAUACCUCUUCACGCGGCGUGCGGGUCCGUUCUGGUUCUGAUAUAUCAACUAAGAGCAACAAAUCACCUGCAAAACGGAAGAAGACAGACCACCUGGUCCUGCGAACGGAUGAGGCACUGCUCCGGGAUUUGGAGAGCCCGGAGUGGGGAAGACCUGUGGCCCUGGGCACUGUGUUUGACGAAGCAGUGCGUAAGAGUUCGAUGAUUCCAUUGCCGAUCUACAAAACCACUGCUGGGCUUUUUGAGAAGAAAAGCCAGUGGAGAAUAAUUGACCCUGGGGCUUUAAGUCCCUGGAGUGUUAUGAGCUGGGGGGCUCGGCAACUCAAGGGCUUCGUCGUGGGCUCUGAUAGCGAUUCCGCACCAAAGCUGCAAGCGCAGGAGUUGGUCUUGGUAGAGAAUCUACAAGAUGCGGCAGACCGCGCUGUCAAAAAGGCUACGGGAAGCAAUUCAUCCAAGCUGGACCUUAUCUACUCAAAGGAAAGCUUUGUCAAGGACUUUGCGGCCAUAUUAAACGAGGGUACAGAAUUAUCGGAUGCAGAUUUCGAUGUCUUGUUGCUUUAUUUGUCCCGCGAUAGCAAUGCUAUUGCAUAUGAUGGCAAGACGAUUAAGUUCAGAUCCGUAGACGACACUGCGGAAAUCACGCAGCAGGACACAACCAUUGCAUCCAUCAAGACGCUGGUUUCGACUAUGUCGGAGCAGGUCACGAGUCUGGAGGCGAAAAUCGCUGAGCUGACUGCGUCCGCAAAGACAGCCUUGGCGAACAAAAACCGCAUCUCGGCGUUGUCGGCUGUGCGUUCAAAGAAGCUAGCUGAGCAUAACCUCCAGCAGAGAUUCAACACUCUCAUGCAGCUUGAAGAAGUCUAUUCCAAGAUCGAGCAAGCUGCCGGUCAGGUAGAUAUGGUACAAGUCAUGCAGGCAAGCACUGGCGUGCUUCGCGGUUUGCAUACGCAAAUCGGCGGUGCUGAGAGGGUCGAGGACAUUGUUGAGGAGCUGCGUGAGGAGAUGACCAAGGUGGAUGAGGUCGGAAGCAUCAUGAACGAGGCCGGUCCGGUCAUUGAUGAGGGAGAGAUUGAUGAUGAGCUUGCAGCAAUGGAGAAGAGCGACAGAGAGGCAAGGGAGAAGGAAGAAGCAGCAGUCACCGAGAGCAGACUUGCCGAACUGGACAGUAUCAAGCAAGCCUCUGAUGAGGCUUCCCGCCGAGCACGCGCACGCGCACAGGCAGCCGAGGAUGUGGAAGCGGCGCUGGCGGAUAACAUUGACAGGCUCUCUAACAUGUCUGUCGAGGAGCGACCGCUACCAGCAAAAUAA